AUGGUCAACAUCAUGAAGCCCUGGCUGUGCCUGGUUAUGGUAUUUGUCUGCAUGCUGCUGUUGCCUGUGCUCGGAGGAGUGAGGAAAAGAUACACUCAGGGUGAACUGUCACUUGAGGAGUGCUGGGGAAAGCCCAAAAUUAGCGAUUGUACCAAGAAGUGUUCUAGGACUUUUAAAUGUGCACACAAAAAUCCUACAUGCUGCUGGACCUAUUGUGGUAACAUCUGUGCAGAACCUGGGGCAGAAGCAGCCAUGACAGAAGGCAGCAAUGGGCGAGGAGAAGAGUGGCAUCAGCGCAGGGCAGGCAGAAGAGCGGCCUCAGCCCAAGGUGAGCGGAAGAGCAGCCUCAACGCCUGUGAGAACGAAGGAGCAGCACCUGUGAGAGAGGAGCAGCCGCUGCUGGCGGUGACCGCAGGGUCUCAGUAUGAUGGCUUGAAUGGUCUGGAACUCCCUAUGUAG